AUGCCAGCUUUUGACAGGGAAGCCUCGCGCGACCGCGAGCUCAUGCAGAGACAUUCCACUUCUGAUAUUAGUCGAAGCGGGAUACCAAUGUGGGACAGUUCUGACCCGGAACGUGCUCCACCACCGUUGCCGCUUAAUCCCGGCUCUCCAGGAAUAACUACUCGCUCCAAUACUUCAUCCACCGUUGCUGCAGCGGCAGCAGCGUUGAGUGAAAAAGCUCGAGAGAGCGCUAGUCCUUACACAACUAACCCCAUGCCCAGCCAUUCUCCUGAGAGGUCAUUAAUCAAAGGACCGCAUCAUCGGCGGUUGCAGUCCAUACCGACAGGCAACGUCAGAGACAUAAGGAAUCAGCUUGAUGCUGGACUCUACUCGAGGGACCGGUCUCCCGAAAAGGGAGCUCCGCGUUCUAGAACUCCCACCUUCGAAAAGGAUUCUGAUAAAGGAUUUGGUCAUAAAUCUCCUGAGAAGAGCCCCCACCGACCGGAAACACCUACUUCUGGGUAUCAGGAUACUUCCACUCCACGGUCAUCUGCUAGACAAGCCCCAAAGGGUAUUUUCGGAGAGAACACACCUCCUUCAGCAACUAUGCUUGCCCUCCAAACAAUGGCCAGCGCUCCAGAUUUGGAUGCUCCGCUAUCCAGCUUGAGCAAUUUACCUUCGCCUACAAAAAUGCCACAAACGUUUGAUGCGCUUUCAAAUCAAAUUCUGAGCUUGACCACCAUUGCCACGAACCUCCAACGCGAAUUGAAUCAAUUGAGUCGCCGGAGCAAAGACAAUGCAACGGAUCUGAUCAGCCUCAAAGAAGCUACCAAUAUGCGAGAUGAAGAUAUACGUCGUUGUCUCCGAGACCUUGUUGCUGGUCUGGGACCGCAUAUGAUGCGGCGUCCGGAUGACGCAGCAGCUAGUGCAUCUCGAGAAAGCCGUGGCUCUUUUCUACUAGACAGCAAACCACAUACUUCCCCAUCUUCUACAAAAACCUCUUUCUCUUUACCACGGAUACCAAGCCCCAACAGCUUUACAGCGACAAUUGAGAGAGAAUUGGCAAACAGUCCAUCUCCUUACGCUAUGGAUGGAGCAGCGAACUUGGCUUUGUUAGAGAAGAUUUUGCGAGAAAUGGGAACGAAGGAGGGCCAAGAACAAUUGCUUUCUUUGCUCACUGAUACCCUUGGCAAGAUGAGUAACGACAGCUCCGAGGCUUCCAAAAAAAUUGAAGAGAUGGUUGACGCCGUUAGGUGUCAUCUGAGCAUCACUUCACAGACACCUGGAAUAGAAGAUGGCAAGGGUGGCCCAGGACAACCCGGCAAAAGCGUAAUGGGAAAUGGAGAUUCAGAGCCUGGGGCAUUGACUCGUUUUUCAAAGGAUCUAAUUGCAGGCCACUUCCCUAGUUCUGCAAGAACGGAAGAGAAUAGCAGAGCAGCGCAUUCGAACUCUGGCACACCGGAAUGGCUCGGUGACGAUGUCCUUCAACUUCUACGAAGGCUCAAAGAUAGUGUGACUGAGAAUGGGGGACUGACAGCCGAAGUCAAAGCACUCGUUCGGGAGCUUCGCGGAGAGGUCUUGGGCAUGGGCCGAGAGAUUGGACGUAAAUUGGAGGAAACACAGACUUCGCAAGCGUUACGCAUCUCAAGCGAUGAAGGUGUUAACGAGCAAAAUGAGCUGAGGGAAAUCGUGCAGGAUUCUUUGGAAGAGCUCAAGCAUCAAAUAAACCGCUCUCUCCAGGAACGGGCGUCAGCUUUGGAAACUGCACAGGGCAUUCCUGACGACGAGAGAAUCUACGACGUUGUGAAAAAUGCACUCAGCGAAUUUCCAUUGCUUCAACAAGGUCAGCUUCCUACUUCAGGAACCGCACUCGCUAAGGAAGAUGUUCUGGAUGCGGUUCGCGAUGUGUGGGAGAAUUAUAAACCAGAAAUCGAAUUGCAGAAUUUCGGACUUGAACGAGACGAAAUCCUACAGUGCUUGAAGGAAGGCUUGGACGAAUACAAACCAGCAACGGACGAAAAUGGGAUUACCAAGGAGGAGGUCUUGGAUGCUGUCAGAGAAGGUCUCAAAGAGUUCUCUCCCCCCCAAAUUCCAAAUACAUCCGUGACUAGGGACGAAAUUUUAGCCGCCGUCACCGAUUCACUUGAGCGGUUUGGGUUUCCGUCACAAUCUCCGCCUGAAAUUACGAGGAGCGAAAUAUUGGACUCUGUACGAGAAGGAAUGGCGAUGCAUGGUACAGGAGCCAUUAAAGAGCUUGAGAUCAAUCGGCAAGAUCUUAUGGAGGCCAUAAGGUCUGGACUCGAUAAUUCUUCAGUGCCUCUUGGGAAGAAUGGCGAGCAAAUUCUGGAAAAGCUUCACGAAGUCUUUGAAGGGAUGAAGGCCGAAUUCAAGCAAUAUUCCGCGGCCAAUGGCAGGGAUACCGAACAAGUCCUCGAUGCUGUUAAAGACGGACUCGAGAGCCUCCGCACGGAAAUUGAAUGCUAUGUGGAUAGGGCUUCUGACGUUACUGGUAAAGAUGAGAUUAUUGAGACCAUGAAGGACGGACUCGAGCUCCUAAGAGCGGACGUUGAAGGUUACGUUAGUAACGCAAUUCGUGAUGACUCCUCCACGAGCCCGGAGAUGGGCGAAUUGAUGAAGGAGGAGUUUGAACAACUUCGUCAGAGCAUUGCAGAAACCGCUCUUCGGGCAGGUCGUCCUAUGGAUAGAGAAGAAAUGCUGGAGACUGUAAAAGAAGGUCUUGAAGGGCUUCGCGAGGGGCUACCAAAAGCCGAGGGUCAGAGCAAUGAGGAGAUUUUGGAGGCGCUCAGGGGGGAAUUUGAAGCGUUGCGGGAUUCAUUUUCCACAGCCCUUACCCCCGGAGCGUCGGAUAGCGACAGUUCGGAAGUUCUGAGCACCUUGAAAACUGGUCUUGCUGAACUUCAUGCAAAGUUUGGGGAGCUAGUGGAGAGUACCCAAGAGAGAGAUGUCCUCGAUGCUGUGAAAGACGAAUUUGAACACAUCAGAGAAACUCUUGCGUCAACCCUUGUUCAUGGCAGCGGCGCUGCGGACAAGGAUGAAAUCAUCGAUACAGUCGCCGGGGCAAUCGAGAGCCUCCGCAAAGAUAUCACAGAGGCGGGGCAUACCAAGGCCGAAGACGGCAUCCUCAGCUCCAUAAAGGAAGAAUUCGAACACAUUAGAGCCACACUCUCUACAGCCAUCGUCCGAAGCGGCGGCAGUGACGACAAGGACGAGAUUAUCUCUGCUGUUACGGACGCCAUAAAUGGCUUGAGCAAAGAAGUGCCCGGCGAUCGCGAUGCCAGCCAUCAUGAACAACUUCUAGAGAACGUUCGAGAAGAGUUUGAACACCUAAGAGAGACCUUAUCAACGUCGAUGGUGCAUGGAAAUAGCGCCGCAGAUAAGAACGAAAUCAUUGAUGCCAUCACGGAAACAGUUGACGGUCUUCGCUCAGAGAUUACAAGAAACGAAAACGGGCAGCAGUUGGAUGUUUUUGUUAAUCUGGUCAAAGAUGAAUUUGAAUCUCUUCGAGAGGCGUUUGGAUCGAGCCUAGUUUCCACUGGAUCUUCUCCAGAUAGCGAGCGGGUAAUCAGCUCCUUCCGUGAAGGUCUCGAAAGCCUCCGUGGUGACAUCGAAAAGUUGAACGGCCCCGAAAUUUCUAACAACAACGAAGUUCUGGAAGCUGUGCAGAGCGAGCUUGGCAGUAUCCGCGAAGAAUUUGAAAGAGCGUCAAAUAAGCCGAUCGACAUGACUAUCUCCUACGAGAUACUUGAUACACUCAAGGAUGGCUUGGCAAACGUCAAAGCAGAAUUCGAAAGGCUCCAGUCGGAGAAGAACGAUGACAACGAUGAAGCGAGCGGACGUGAAGUGGUCGUAGCAGACAGCUUGAAGCGGAACGAUAUUGAGCACCUUGAGGUUCUGAUAACCCAGCUACGUAUAAAAGUGGAGGCGCUCGACGAGACGACUCAAGCAGCAGCUUCCACAGGUCCCACUCAGCCGGCUGAAGGAUCUUUAUUGAAAGAAGACAUAGCUGGGAUCGAAGAUAUCUUAAGGAACAUGCAGAAUGGUGUGCUGGCAAAGGCGGAUCUCAGCGAACUCGAGACUUUGCUCAAGAAUGUGCAGGACGAAGUUACCCUUUUAUCAGAGCGCGAGAAGACCGAAGCCAAAAAGGAAGACACAGAUGCUAUUGGCACUUUGCUCUCAGAAUUGAAGGGAAAAUUUGAUGGCAUGGCCCUGCCCGAUCCAGAUACGAGCGUUACGAAAGACCAAGUCGACGCCGUAGAGGCUCUUGUUCAGGAUACCAAGGACGCCAUUGAAAACUUUAGAAUGCACGUGGAUUCAAAUAUUGCCAAUAAGGAGGAAUUUUCCACCUUGGGCGCACUUGUCUCCGAGAUGAAAUCUGGCCUCGAUGAUAUCAAAGAAAAAGUGAACUCGGAAAACGAAGGCGAAAAUUUGACCAAGACUGAUCUCGACGCAGUGGGCGCCAUCUGCUUGGAAAUUAAGGAGAAAAUCGAGCAAACUCCGUCCCCAGACCCAGAAAGCCUUCCGACUAAAUCCGAGAUCGAAGAGCUUGGAGGAUUCAUCACUGAGCUCAAGGAAAAGCUUGAGGCAGAUUCUAAGCAAACUGCUCAAGCGCUUGAUGAGUCCAAGCUCGACAGUGAGACAUUACUGCAAAAUGUUGGUGAGGUCAAGGGUUUUCUCGAGGAAUGGAAGGAGGAUCUCAAGUCUAAGCUAGAGGACGGAAGCCAAAAUGUGGAGUCAAUUGGAAAAGUGAUCGAAGGCAUUGACGCAGCUAUUUCCAGCUCAAAUGUUACAGAUGAGAUCAAGGAGCUCAUGGAAACAGUCAAUCGAGAAUUCGAACGUGCGCAUGGCGGAAUUGAAUCUUUGAAGCUUGACGCUGAUGAGAGAGAUGCGACAUUCUUGGCUAAGCAUGACGAAAAGAGUGGACAGGUCAUCACAGAGCUUAGCCAGAAGUUGGACCAGAAAUUCGAAGAGCUGAUGGCACGGUAUGACGACUCUCAAGUGGGGGCGGAAGACAGGGCCAAAUCGGCAGAUGAAAGGGUCUUCAAACAGGAGCAACUCAUGACCGACAGCAAAAUCGCAACGGACGAGCUCAAAUCCGUGGUUGAAACUCUCGGAAGUACCAUCACCACUGCAGCCGAUCGAAUGGGUGAUGAUUCAAAGACUGUCUUCACUAGGGUGGACAACACAUUUGAGAAGCUGCAGGAAACUCACGCUGACUCCAAAAUGGAGCAUGAGCAGACUCGCGCGGAGGUGAUCAAAGUCAUGGAAGCUAUCAGCGGUGUAAGAGGAGAUAUCACUGACCAUAAUCCAAAAGUGCUUGACAGUAUCAAGGAAGUGCUAUCUCUUGUCGGUCAGCAUUAUGGUCACUCACAAAAAUUGGCCGAAGAGGAGCGAAACAAACCUCCCAUGAUACAGGAUGUCCCAGAAAAAUACGACGACAGUCAAGUUCAGGGUAAACUAGACAACCUGAUCGCUUAUGCAAGCGCUGCCAACAAGUCAAUCGCGCAGAUGGAAGUGCUUGGGCAAGUUCAUCAACAAGUCCUGGCCACCGCUGCUGAAGUCUCUGCUUUCAUCGCAUCACAAACGAGACUGAUUACAGAAGAUCAGGAGAACAAGGCGCAGGAAGCGAAGGAAGCUGCUAAGGCUCUUGAAAGGAGCCUUUCGGAAAAGCAGCAAGUCGAUGCUGAAAUAACUGGACUUGCUGGGGAGAAGGAACAGCUGCGUGCAGAGGUUAAUGAGCUUCGGGUUGAAAAAGACGGGCUUGGAGCACAAAAGCUUCGACUGCACGCUGAGGUGUCGUCGCUUGAAACUGCUCUCGCCAUACGGCGCGAGGAGCUUGCGGCAAUGGAGGUCCGGGCCGAGGUGCUUGAACGCCGCAUCCUUGAAGGGGUGAUUGACCAUUCACGAGCCUUGCUUGUUUCCAGACCUUCGAAAAACCCUGCCAAUAUGAACCUCAAGCGCGUUGCGAGCACCAAGUCUCAAGGCCCUAGGGAGAGUACAGGUCCUGCUUCAAGAAAGACGGCAAGUCAAGGUCUCGGAAUGGCUCUCAAAUCGCGUGCGCCUACGCAGCGAAAUGGAGGCGCACCGGAUCCCGCAGGGCGUCGGAUUCUUUCGCUGAAUCAAAUUACGAACAAUGUUCCAACGGGAAGAAAGGCACUUUCUGCCAUGCCGGGCCCGAUUGAAAAAGGCCUGAACAACCUCAAGCGCAGUCACAGUGUUAGAUCAACUUAUCUUCGUAAAGAAUCUUGGGGAAGUGGUCGCAAUCGCCUAGAGACCGCCAACAAAGAGAAUGAGAUUCUUCAUGAAGGUGAUGCGGAAGAUGAUGGGGAGCUCAGCGAUGCCGGGACAGAAUGUCGAAGAACGAGCUAUGGAGCGAGUUCAGUGGCAGACAGCAGCUUGGCAUAUGGUAGCGAGGCAACCCCUCGUCCAAUAUCGAACAGAAGCGUCAGCUAUGCCGCUACAGAAAGUAGCCUCGCGGAUCACUCUGACUUGACGUCGCGCGCUGGUGAGACUGAGCGAUCAAUGAGCUUUGUUUCGGAUUCUGCAAGCCAUGUUACAUAUGAUUCUGAGGUUGCAUCUCGCGCUGGCACAGAGAGCGUUCUGGAUCAUGAAAACCUAUCGACAGCCGAUCGCAGAUCUAGCAGUGGAAGCACCCUGGGCGCUGGCGCUGUACUGGAUGAGGAGCCUGCGAACAAUGAAGUAUCCCAUGAAGAAGGAGGAAAAAUGGUUCUUUUUGGGGCUCCGAGCGAUAGUGGUAUCGGUUCAGAGCUCCCCACGGCUGCAUUGAGUGCAAGUGGUACAGAUGGUGACUACUUUGGAUGA